UGCGGUCGCCAUGACGGCGGCCGUGUUCUUCGGCUGCGCCUUCGUUGCCUUCGGGCCUGCGCUCGCCCUCUACAUCUUCACCAUCGCCACCGAGCCGUUGCGCAUCAUCUUCCUCAUCAUCGGAGCUUUCUUCUGGCUGGUGUCUCUGCUGCUUUCUUCCUUCAUUUGGUUCAUGGCAGCAACCCUUACUGAUAACAAAGAUGAACCAAGACAGAGAGAUCUGCUGAUCUUUGGAGUGUUAAUCUCAGUCCUUAUCCAAGAAAUGUUCCGGUUUGCAUAUUAUAAACUUUUAAAAAAAUCCAGUGAGGGUUUGAAGAGUAUAAACCCAGGUGAGAAAGCACCCUCUAUGCGAUUGCUGGCUUAUGUUUCUGGCUUGGGCUUUGGAAUCAUGAGUGGAGUAUUUUCCUUUGUAAAUACCCUGUCUGACUCCUUGGGACCGGGCACAGUGGGCAUUCAUGGAGACCCUCCCCAGUUCUUCCUGAAUUCAGCUUUCAUGACGCUGGUGAUCAUAUUGCUGCACAUGUUCUGGGGCAUUGUGUUUUUUGAUGGCUGUGAGAAGAAAAAGUGGUACACCCUGCUUGUAGUUCUUCUGACCCAUCUACUGGUGUCAGCCCUGACCUUCAUAAGUCCUUAUUCUGGAUUAAAUCUGGUGUUGGCAUACAUCAUCCUGGUGCUCACGGGCAUCUGGGCCUUCUUUGUUUCUGGAGGCAGCUGCCGAAGCCUGAAACUCUGCCUGCUUUGCCAAGACAAGGACUCCCUCCUCUUCAACCAGCGCUCCAGAUAACCUCCAAGGACCAGCGCUUCUCAAACAGUAAGCUGCCUCUUUAGAGGAAGCGCAACGGUGCCUUUUUCUAAAAAUCCCUUUUCCUGGUGGAA